GCCCGGUACGCAGCAAAUCAGCCGCUGUCCUCAUGGGGCACACUAACCUAUCUCGAUAGUAAAUUUAAUAUAUAAAUACUAAUAUUUUAAUGUGUUCAAACCAGUGAUUGGGACCAAGUGAUAAGUGAUACGAACUGACGGCAACGUAAAAAUUCCACCAUGGAGGACGCUCACACGAAAUCCGUGGAAGAAGUCUUAGGAUACUUCGGCACAGACCCAGAUAAAGGUCUUACUCCAGAUCAAGUCAAAAGAAAUCAAGACAAAUAUGGGCCAAAUGAACUGCCUGUGGAAGAAGGCAAAAGUAUAUGGCAGUUAGUUCUGGAACAAUUCGAUGACCUCUUAGUGAAGAUCUUGUUGUUAGCCGCUAUUAUUUCCUUUGUUUUAGCUUUAUUUGAAGAACACGAAGACGCUUUCUCAGCCUUCGUAGAACCAUUCGUUAUUUUAUUAAUUCUUAUUGCCAACGCUGUUGUAGGAGUAUGGCAGGAAAGGAACGCAGAAUCUGCCAUCGAAGCUUUAAAAGAAUACGAACCAGAAAUGGGUAAAGUUGUUAGGGGGGAUAAAGCCGGCGUACAGAAAAUCCGAGCUAAGGAAAUCGUGCCCGGUGACAUCGUUGAAGUAUCCGUCGGUGACAAGAUCCCCGCCGAUAUCCGCCUCAUUAAAAUCUAUUCCACCACAAUCCGUAUUGAUCAGUCCAUCUUGACUGGUGAAUCAGUAUCCGUUAUCAAACAUACGGACGCUAUUCCCGACCCCCGCGCUGUCAAUCAGGACAAAAAGAACAUUCUUUUCUCUGGUACUAAUGUUGCUGCCGGAAAAGCCCGAGGUAUCGUCAUCGGCACUGGUCUCAACACUGCCAUUGGUAAAAUUCGUACAGAAAUGUCGGAGACUGAGGAGAUCAAGACACCGCUGCAACAAAAACUCGAUGAAUUCGGUGAGCAGUUGUCUAAGGUCAUCUCCGUCAUUUGCGUUGCCGUCUGGGCCAUUAACAUCGGACACUUCAAUGACCCCGCCCAUGGUGGAAGCUGGAUUAAGGGUGCCGUAUACUACUUCAAAAUCGCCGUUGCUUUAGCUGUCGCCGCCAUCCCUGAAGGUCUACCCGCUGUCAUUACCACGUGUCUUGCUUUGGGUACAAGGAGAAUGGCUAAGAAGAACGCUAUCGUUAGGUCGUUGCCUUCCGUAGAAACUCUUGGUUGCACAUCCGUUAUCUGCUCUGACAAAACUGGUACUUUAACUACCAACCAAAUGUCCGUUUCCCGUAUGUUCAUCUUCGAGAAAAUCGAGGGCGGUGACAGCAGCUUCUUAGAGUUUGAGAUCACUGGCUCGACUUACGAGCCCAUUGGCGACGUUUACCUGAAAGGACAAAAAGUCAAAGCUUCCGAGUUCGAUGCCCUUCACGAAUUAGCUACUAUUUGUGUCAUGUGCAAUGACUCAGCAAUCGAUUUUAACGAAUUCAAGCAAGCUUUCGAGAAAGUUGGUGAGGCCACCGAAACCGCUCUUAUCGUACUCGCAGAAAAAAUGAACCCAUUCAACGUACCCAAGACUGGACUCGACCGCCGUUCUGCUGCUAUUGUCGUCCGCCAGGAAAUUGAAACCAAAUGGAAGAAAGAGUUUACCCUUGAGUUCUCUCGUGAUAGGAAGUCCAUGUCGACCUACUGCACACCUCUCAAACCCUCCCGUCUUGGCAAUGGACCGAAACUGUUCGUUAAGGGUGCGCCCGAGGGCGUAUUGGACCGUUGUUCUCAUGCUCGUGUCGGAACUAACAAGGUGGCUUUGAACUCCACUCUGAAGAACCGAAUUUUGGAACUUACCCGCCAAUACGGUACUGGUCGCGAUACCCUCCGUUGCCUGGCUCUCGCUACUGCUGACAACCCCCUGAAGCCUGAUGACAUGGACCUCGGCGACUCCACCAAAUUCCACACCUAUGAAGUUAACCUCACCUUCGUUGGAGUCGUGGGUAUGUUGGACCCCCCUCGCAAAGAAGUUUUCGACUCCAUCGUUCGUUGCCGCGCUGCUGGUAUCCGUGUUAUUGUCAUCACUGGUGACAACAAGUCUACCGCUGAGGCUAUCUGCAGACGUAUCGGUGUGUUCACCGAAGAUGAGGACACGACUGGCAAAUCUUACUCUGGUCGCGAGUUCGAUGACUUGUCCGUGGCGGAACAACGUAACGCUUGUGCUAAAGCCCGUCUGUUCUCCCGCGUGGAGCCCGCCCACAAGUCCAAGAUCGUUGAAUACUUGCAAAGCAUGAACGAGAUCUCAGCUAUGACCGGUGACGGUGUAAAUGACGCCCCUGCUCUUAAGAAGGCCGAAAUUGGUAUUGCGAUGGGAUCCGGUACCGCUGUCGCCAAGUCCGCCGCUGAGAUGGUUCUUGCUGACGAUAACUUCUCAUCCAUCGUCGCUGCUGUUGAAGAAGGUCGUGCUAUCUACAACAACAUGAAGCAGUUCAUCCGUUACCUGAUCUCCUCAAACAUUGGUGAAGUAGUGUCCAUCUUCCUUACUGCCGCCUUGGGUCUCCCUGAAGCCUUAAUCCCUGUGCAACUUCUUUGGGUCAACCUGGUCACUGAUGGUCUCCCCGCCACUGCUUUGGGUUUCAAUCCUCCCGAUCUUGACAUCAUGAGCAAACCCCCACGUAAAGCUGACGAAGGUCUCAUCUCUGGAUGGCUGUUCUUCAGUUGGUGCUGCUUCAUGGUGGUUCAUGUACUCCCCAUACGGACCCCAGAUGACCUACUGGCAGCUCACCCACCACUUGCAAUGCCUCGGUGGAGGUGAUGAUUUCAAGGGCAUCGACUGCAAGAUCUUCACUGACCCUCACCCCAUGACUAUGGCGUUAUCAGUACUUGUAACCAUUGAGAUGUUGAACGCCAUGAACAGCUUGUCUGAGAACCAGUCGCUCGUGACCAUGCCUCCAUGGUCCAACAUGUGGCUUGUUGGCUCAAUGGCGCUUUCAUUCACACUCCACUUCGUCAUUCUAUAUGUUGAGGUCCUUUCGGCCGUGUUCCAAGUCACUCCACUGUCAGUAGACGAAUGGAUGACGGUGAUGAAGUUCUCCAUCCCAGUCGUCCUCCUCGACGAGGUGCUCAAAUUCAUCGCGCGCAAGAUCUCCGAUGCCCAGCCGACGUGGAAGCUGUAAGCGCCGGGAGUCUCCGCACCACCGCACGCAUAUAUUCCAUGAACACUCAUUGUUUGUUGUGAUCCCGCAGUGAAAAAACUACACAUAGUAAAUUACUACGACACAGUUGUGAUAUCUGCACAGAGCCAGUAAGUUCGCACGGCGGCGCUCGACUCGCGAACACCACACUAACGCUAACGUUGUUUUACAGUUGAGGUGGUCGUUGACAAGUGGUAAGCGCCACCGAUACAUAGUUCCUCACACGCUUCUCUCUGCUACUUCGACCGCUCCCAUCUCCCAGAACGUUAUCAUUGGCUUUUAAUUGUUUCCGAGCGAAUGUUUCGCGACGUUACGUUGAGGCCGCGCCACACUGGGAGACCCGCCGCUGCGCUCGAUCACCGGAGAGGAUAUGUUCAUAACGUGUAUAUAUUUUACUAUACAGUAUGCUUAGGAGGUUUAAUUGAUUUGUUUAAUUACGUUGUUUUUUCAAAGACUACAUGGUGCCCGUCGACAGAAGCAGUGCGAUAAACUAUUGUGUACUUAAGUUGACAGCAUGCUAUUAAUUUAUUAUUAUUAUAUUUUUAUCUUAUUUAUAGUUUGCUUAUCUAGAGUCGAAUCUAUAUUUCUAUUAGUGCUGACGCCUCGACGAGCAAUAUGGUGUCUGUAAGGGAAGGAUAUACUUAUUAUCCAGUGUUUGGGACCUAAGAGAGUCCAAAAAAUAAACAUACCUGUACAUUUUAACGUAUGAUUGUUUUGUACAAUAAAUCGUUAU